UGACACCACGGGGCUUGCGAAUGAUUCCUGUACGAUCUAAACAAACAAGGAACACCAAGUCAGAUCCAUCAGCCGCAACAGCCCACAGAUUGCUAAGCUCCAAUCUCGCAACAGAAGUUUGGUACUAUUCCGUAUUUCUCUAGGAAAUCGGCCAUGGCAGACGCCGGCGGCGGAGCAGGCCGGCGCAUCACCGUGAGGUCCGUUUCCUGCCGAGGGGUCAAGUCCUUCGUCCCCUUCCAGAAGCCGCCGCUCUACGCGGCCGUCUCCCACGGGGGGCGCCGGGAGAAGACGCCGGCCGACCCCGACGGCGGAGAGAACGCGGACUGGGACGGCGCCGUCUUCGCGUUCGACCUCGACGGCCGCGACGACGACGGCCUCCUGCGGUUCGAGGUGAAGGCGCAGGUGCCGCUCCUCGGCACCAAGCUCGUUGGCUCGGCCUGCGUGCCGGUGGCCGACCUCGCGGGCGCCGGGGCGCCGCGGCGGGCGAGCUACCAGCUGCUCGCCCCCGACGGGAAGCCCAACGGCAGCCUCAGCUUCGUCUGCAGCGUCACCGACGCCCCCGCAGUCGGGUAUCAGCAGCAGCCGCAGAUCUACGCGGCGCGGCCGGAGCAAGAUCUCAACAACUCCUGCUGCGCGCCUCCGCCACCGCCCCCGUCGUCAUGGGCGCCGUAUCCUGCUCCGGGGAUGCCAAACGCUGCGCCACACGGCAGCGGCUACCCGCCGUCGGCGCCGCCAGCGUCGGCUCCCCUGUAUCCACCGCUACAGGACUUCCUGCCGAGCAGCUACCCUCCUCCUCCGCCACGGCCCACGACGGACCCACUGUUUCCGGCGCCGAAUUUCGGAUCACACAGCAGCUACCCGCGGCCGCCCACUGUAUAUCCGCCUCCACCGGCUUCGUGUACAGCCUGUCCGGCUCCCCCGGCGCAAUACAUCAGCAGCAGCUACCCGCCGCCACCGCCAAGCUAUUACCCGCCUCCACCGCCGAGCGGCUACCCACCGCCGGCGCGGAUGAACCCAGAGUACCCGGCUUCAACUUUCCCCCCUACGGCCUGUAGCUAUCCUCCUCCGGCGCCGCAGCCGCAGCCGGAAUUCUGCUCAGAAUGUCCACCUUCGCCGGCGCCAAGAUCAGUGGAUCGUGCGCUGCACUACAUGGCGCCGUCGUCGCAGGGCUCUGCGAUCACCCACCCGGAACUGGCCGUGCCGCAGCUGCCUUCCGGUGGCUCUUACUACCCUCCGCCGGGGACACGGCACCGGGAAGAAGAGGCGAGACCGCCAUACUACUACCCUCCGCCGGGGACACGGCACCGGGAAGAAGAAGCGAAACCGCCAUACUACUACCCUCCUCCUGGCACUCGCUACUCGUAGGACUUCUUGCAAAUUUAACGAGUUUGUAAUCGCGGUGUUGCAAGACGGAACAUACGACAAUACAGAUGAUACAUAUGAGAAAAUGAGUGAUGGAAGGUGAAUUUCCUUGGAAAUCUGUUGGCAAAGAUGGCAAGAACGUUCUUGACCAUCCCAGCUAGCUUGGCCUCCUCAUAGUCUAUUUUUAACACCGGUUGGAGGGUUCUCGAUGAAUAACCGGUCAUGGUUGACAGGUUGAGGAUUCGGCGUGUGAAAAAAAUAUCAAGAGUGUUCACAAAUACUAAUACUUGAAUGUGAUGUUAUGGUUUCAGUAUAAGUUGUCUUUUCUCUUACAUAGUUUAACAUUUUCAAAAUCUCAUGAAUAACUUGCACAAAUGUAUGAGAUGGAGGAAGAUGAGGAAUAGCAUGUGGAGAAAAUCAAACUUCCUUACAGUGUGAUGGCUAACAAUUACUAAUUCCAGUUGUGCUUGGAGCCUUGGAGUGGAGGGCAAAAAAGUAUGGAAUGAGGAUUGAAAGACCUUUAAGAACUGUUUUGUGUUUGUGCUUUGCUUAUGAUUAAUGGGGUUGUGCUUUCUGUAGUUCUUGACUCAUGGUAUCCUGGUGGAUGAACCUGUAGUGGAAUAUCUUUUGUUUGUGCUUAUGGACUUCGAUCGUAUCUAAGAUUCUUUUUUAUC